UGUUUGGAUGACUGUCUAUUUGUUCUUUCAAUACAUAUAUUGCAUAAAAUAUAAAUUGAACAGAUUUACAAAAUAUCAACGAAACACCCUGACGUGACCCGGAAUUGGCGACUUCACUGUAUCUCACUGGUAAAAAUGUAAUAAACAGUGAUACAAUGGAACCCGCAAUGUAAUGAGAAUCGAGUAUUUAAUGAAAAUAAAAUUGGCAGUGAUUUUAAAGAAACUCAAUCUUAAAGAAAGAAAAGUAAGUGAUUAGGAAUUAGGCCUACCAUGAUUAGACAUUAUGCUUUACCAUUAGUUAAAAGUUUCAUUUUCAAGAUUUACAUGGCCCUGCAUUGAAAUAAAAUAUUUAUUACAGACUUUGUGUAGUUUUUACAUAGACUGACCGGGUAAGAAUUAGUCAGGAACCAAAUUCACCGGUAGCCUCAUCCUCUUUGCAAGAUGGAAGGCAGGAAAAGGGCACACUCUGAUGCAGGUGAAAGUGUGAAUAGUCCAACGCCACACGACAGUGACACUGAAAAGUCAACAACUACAUUAGAGAGUUCAACAACUACAUCAUCAUCUGAACCUUCGAGCAAAAAUGAUUCAUUUUUUCCAAAUAGCACUUCCAAAUGGAGGCGAUCUGAUGUAGACAAAUUGGGAAUAAAACUCUUGUACAGGGCUUGUGCGAUGGACGUUGUAUAUGAAUGGGGGCUAUAUAAAAUGUUUAGAAAGGAUGUCGUUUCAGAAGAAUUGAAUACUUUGGAGGAAAUUUUAUAUGUGUGUAAUUCAAUUGAAGCAGAUUUCACAUCGUUUGAAGAAUUACAGAGAAAGUUUAUUGGAAAUCCCGCGAUAUGUAAUGAAUUCAUUCCAACAGAAAAGAUGCCCAAUGGUAUUGGAUUAUGUUCAUCCCGCUUUGAGGAGUUUCAACAAAAAUUGGAACUUGUUUUAAGAGAGGAAAUUGAAGUGAACGAUUCUGUCUCAGAAUCCAACUUUCAAACUUUAUUUGAGGACUUUCUCAAAAUAUGUGGCAUAAUCACCAGGCACCAACCUGAUAUUGCUAUAAAAAAGAUGAAGGUCAAAGGUGAAAUUGUUUCUUCAGCACCAGAUAUAGUAUGCUAUGGUUUGGAGGGGAAAGUUUUAUGUGUUGUAGAGGUUAAAAAGAACAUAAAAGGUGAAGAAGAUACAAAUGGCAGUCCUGUAAUCAAGAAAACAUGCCAUGCAUCUUCAGAAGUAGAUCCCUGCCUACCAGAUGCCCUUCUUGCUCAACAUAUAGGAGAACUGUUGGCCUAUCUUGACAAAUCAGUGACACAUAUGGAUCUUUGUGGAAGUGUUGGUAGAGAUAUUCUUGGAUUUACGGUUGAAAAAACACAAGUGACAGUUACACAUCUAGAGUUAACUGAACUCAGCUGGGAAAAAAUUCAAAAUACCACCAGAAAGGGACCACUUAAGCAUGUGGAGAAACCGGUUCUUCACUACAGUCGACAAUAUGACUUUUUGAAAAAAUCGGAUAGACAAGAAUUGUUUAAGGUUAUUCUCCAUAUAAAAUUAAUGCAUUUUGUUCAUGAAAAAGUAGCAGGGCAGAGAAAAACUAAGGGGACAACUAACAUCCUGUCUAAAAAAAGAUUUUGACAAAUCACCAUCAUUAAUGCUGUAUUGAAAUAGACAAGAGGUAUUUUUUGGAGUAUUUCAACCAAAGAGUAGGUCUGGGUGACCUAUGUUUGAAAUUUUUUGGUUGUAUUUAGAUAUUUCAGAUACCACCUGUAUCUGAAGUAAUUUGUAUUAAUUUCCUGACCCGAAUUGUUAGAACUUUUAUAUGAUAUGUUUCUUAUAUAAUAUAAGAUUGUAAAUUGUUCAAAUCAUAGUCCUCGGGUGUAGGCUUGGAUCACAAAAUAGGGCUGAUUUUAAGGGGGGAAAUGUCUCUGACUAAAAAUUCCACAGAAAGGGAUAAUAAAAAAAUGAAAUCUGAUGAAAAACUACAACAGAACCAUUGAUUUGCAACAACCCAUUUUCAUCUCAAGAACCACCGAGCCAAUUUCAACCAAAGUUGCACAAAGUAUCCCUGGGUAAAGGGUAUUCAAUUUUAUACAAAUGAAGGGCCAUGCCCUUCUUCCAAGGAAAGAUAAUUAUGAAUAAGUGAAAAAUUAAUGGCAUCAUUUAAGAACCUUCUUCUCAAAAACAACUGUGCUAGAAAAUAUGAAACUUACGUGGAAUCAUCCUCAGGCAGUGUGGAUUCAAGUUUGUUCAAUUCAUGACCCCCUGGGGUUGGAUGGGGCCACAAUGGGUGAUCAAAGUUUUACAUAGGAAUACAUAAGGAAAAUCUUCUCAAGAACAGCAAAGCCAUGAUUAGUCAUAUUUAUUUGGAAGCAUCCUCAGGUAACGUAGAUUCAAUUUUGUACAAAUCAUGACCCCUGGCGGUUUGGGGGGGGGGGGGGGGGGCACAGUGGGCAAGCAAUGUUUAAUACAGGAAUACAAAGGGAAAAUCUUUAAAAAUCUUCUCAAGAAAAGCAAAGCUAUGAUUGGUCAUAUUGAUAUGGAAGCAUUCUCAAGUAGUGUAAAUUCAAGUUUCUUCAAAUCAUGACACCCAGGGGUAGGGUAGGGCCACAAUGGGCAGUCAAAGCUUUACAUACAUAGAAUACAUAGAAAAAUCUUUAAAAAUCUUCUUCUCAAGAACAGCAAAGACAUUUAUUUUUAUAUUUAAACUUUUCAAUACUGAAUUGAUAUCUGCUUUUUCGUAGCCAAAGUGCUGAAGAGAACAAUGUGGCCCAUGUGCCUCUUAUUUGACUUUUUGUAGAAAUAUAAAUAUUUAAUAAAGUUGUGUUGU